UUGCUCCAAAACCUUUGGGGACAUGUCAGUGUAACCCUCCGCCUGCGGUAGAUGUGCUGAGGCUGGAGUAGCCACCAUUUUGCAUGUCGAGUGUGUUCCUCCCUCCAUUGCUAAUAGAGACGAUUCCACUUACUUUCUGGCGUCACCACGGCUGAGAAUGCCAGCUCCGAUCAGAUUGCGGGAGCUGAUCCGGACUAUCCGGACAGCGCGGACCCAGGCCGAGGAGCGCGAAAUGAUCCAGAAAGAGUGUGCUGCUAUCCGCUCAUCUUUUCGAGAGGAGGACAAUACUUAUCGUUGUAGAAAUGUGGCGAAGCUCCUUUAUAUGCACAUGUUGGGCUACCCGGCCCACUUUGGGCAGCUUGAGUGCCUAAAGCUGAUUGCAUCCCAGAAGUUUACCGACAAGCGAAUAGGUUAUUUGGGAGCUAUGCUGUUGUUGGACGAGAGACAGGACGUGCAUCUAUUAAUGACGAAUUGCAUUAAGAAUGACUUGAAUCACAGCACACAGUACGUCCAGGGACUGGCUCUCUGCACUUUGGGCUGCAUGGGCUCCUCAGAAAUGUGCCGUGAUCUGGCGGGAGAGGUCGAGAAGCUGCUCAAAACAUCCAACUCUUACUUGAGGAAAAAGGCGGCGCUGUGUGCAGUUCACGUCAUCAGAAAGGUUCCAGAACUCAUGGAAAUGUUCCUUCCUGCCACAAAAAACCUGCUGAGUGAGAAGAACCACGGUGUUCUCCAUACAUCUGUUGUCCUCCUUACCGAGAUGUGUGAGAGAAGUCCUGACAUGCUGUCUCACUUCAGAAAGUUGGUUCCACAAUUGGUGAGAAUCCUGAAGAACCUGAUCAUGUCUGGAUACUCACCUGAGCAUGAUGUGUCGGGCAUAAGCGAUCCUUUUCUGCAGGUGCGGAUAUUGAGACUACUGCGAAUUUUAGGCAGGAGUGACGACGACUCCAGUGAAGCAAUGAAUGACAUUCUUGCACAGGUUGCAACAAACACUGAGACAAGUAAAAAUGUAGGCAAUGCAAUCCUCUAUGAGACCGUGUUGACCAUCAUGGACAUCAAGUCUGAAAGUGGACUGAGGGUUUUGGCAAUUAAUAUAUUAGGGCGAUUCCUCCUUAACAAUGACAAAAAUAUAAGAUAUGUUGCAUUGACAUCCCUGCUAAAGACGGUACAGACGGACCACAAUGCAGUGCAAAGGCAUCGAAGCACCAUUGUGGAUUGUUUAAAAGACCUGGAUGUGUCCAUAAAGAGACGUGCAAUGGAGCUGAGCUUUGCCCUGGUGAACGGCAACAACAUAAGAGGCAUGAUGAAAGAGCUGCUCUACUUCCUGGACUCGUGCGAUCCCGAAUUUAAAGCCGACUGUGCAUCGGGAGUCUUUCUAGCAGCAGAAAAGUAUGCCCCUUCAAAAAGAUGGCACAUAGACACUAUAAUGAGAGUUCUGACAACAGCAGGCAGUUAUGUGCGCGACGACUCUGUGCCUAACCUUAUUCAGCUCAUCACAAACAGUGUUGAGAUGCACGCAUACACAGUGCAGAGACUCUACAAAGCUCUUCUCGAUGACAUUUCACAGCAACCGCUCGUCCAAGUUGCAUCCUGGUGCAUAGGAGAGUAUGGAGACCUACUGGUCUCUGGACAGUGUGAGGAAGAGGAGCCCAUUCAGGUGAGUGAAGAUGAAGUUCUGGAUGUGCUGGAAGGGCUUCUAGUAUCCAAUCUGUCUACGCCUGUCACUCGAGGCUAUUCUCUUACUGCCAUCAUGAAGUUGUCUACUCGUUUCAGUGGUGUGAACCGUAUCAAGAAGGUGGUUUCAAUAUAUGGCAGCAGCAUUGAUGUUGAGCUGCAACAGAGAGCAGUGGAGUACAACGCACUUUUCAAGAAAUACGACCACAUGAGGCCCGCUCUCCUCGAGCGAAUGCCCAUUAUGGAGAAAACAGCCACUAAUGGCCCCACAGAAAUCGUGCAGACCAAUGGAGAGACGGAACCCUCCGUUGGGGAGCCGAAACAUCCACCCCCUGUUAGUCAGCCAGCCAACCAGGCAAAUGAUUUGUUGGACCUGCUGGGUGGCAAUGAUAUGGUGCCAGUAAUCCAUACGACAGUGGCCCCCAAGCCUACGUCGUCUGGAGGAGAGCUGCUGGACCUGCUGGGUGACAUCUCACUAAGUGGCACUCCAGCCCCUGCUCCUGCUCCCUCCGUACCCACCUCCCAACCCCCUUUUCUCCUGGAUGGCCUCUCCUCACAGCCACUCUUUAAUGACAUUGCAGCUGCAGGUAUUCCUCCUAUGACGGCCUACAACAAGAACGGCCUGAAAAUAGACUUCACGUUUGAGAGGGCAAACCCUAACCCCAACGUCGCCGUCAUCACCAUCCACGCUUGCAACUCUACAGAGGCAGACAUGACAGACUUUGUUUUUCAGGCUGCAGUACCAAAGACAUUCCAGCUGCAGCUCCUGUCCCCCAGCAGUAAUGUCGUCCAAGCACUCAACCAGGGAACUGUCACACAGGUCAUCAGAGUCCUCAACCCACAGAAACAACAGCUACGAAUGAGGAUCAAGCUGACGUACAACCACAAAGGUUCGCCUGUGCAAGACCUCGCAGAGGUCAAUAACUUUCCCCCACAGUCGUGGCAGUGAUGAGUUGCUUCAUUUACUCCUAAAAGCCCCUCCGACGGGGGACUGAUUUUUUUUUGUAGGGUUUUUUUGCCUUGCCCCUCUCCCUCCCACCUUCUCCUCUUCCUUUUUUCCAACGGACUCCCCCUCAGUGACAUCACAAAACGCACAGCUGAGCGUCUUUAAAGAUGGAAAAACCAGUAUAGAUGAAGAGCCAUUCGAUAAGCAGGAAUACAUGUCGGUGAAAUUUCUCGUUUCUUGCUUGACUGGUGUCAUCAUCUCUUUUGUUAGUCAUGCGACUUUUGUUUUUCCACUUUCACUUGAACACUGUACUAAACGACAUGAACUCACUUUGAUAAAAGGAAUAUUUAUGAUUGCGCUGAGCCUUUUAAAGCCCUAAUAAUGCAAUCCUCCGAUAAUUCACUGAGUGACCUUCCUCAAUUCAUGCCUGAAAAUCCAUCUCAGAGAUGUUGUAUUUCAUCACUGUCGGGUGGAAUCCUCGUAUCUCCAAAAUGACUGCUUUUCAGGAAAUAACACAAAGGCCAUUUUGCUUGCCUCACCAAACAAAGCGUCGUUCAACUUGGUAUUGUACCUUCUUUUCUGAUCAACACAACACCGUCCCAAAGGCGUGCUCAAUCUGUAAUUUCAUUUGCUAAACCGUUAAUUGAUGACUGUUAUUGCUUAGAAUGGUCCAGUCGGCCCUGCACGUCAAAAGUCGAACCAACAACAAAGACUUUACAAAGUCACAACCGCAAGAGGUCAUGAGUGAUGUCAUAAAUAAAAUGAGAACCUGACUAAGCAAAGUAAUCCGCGUAACUUUGUGACAGAGCAGUUCCUUCUGAAACAUUACAGCGAACCAUUUUCAACAACGCGUCUAUGUGAAAUGUAGCCGCUUUACUCGUUAUUGUUCAUUCAAAACGCAUCCAGACUUUGAAACUUGAGGCGACAUAAUACUGCGCUGCUCCCAUGGAGUUAGAAGGAAGCUCAGAAAGUUGAAGUGUACAAGAGAUUUAAUAGAUUUUUUUCUCUAGCUAAUUCCAAAACUAAACUGGUUAACAAUAUGUGAGUAAUAAGACGUUGUUGUGACAGACCACUUUAUGAAGUGAAGUUUUUGAAAUUCACCAUAUUUGGAAAGAGUUUUUAGCCCGACAGCGACAAUGUACAACUUGUACCUGCAUCUUUCUUUAAGAGGUACACUAAUCGGACAAUGUGAAAAAUGUAUGUCUCUUUUCAGACAUUUUGACAGUCAUAAUUAUGAUGUGUAAACCACAAUUCCUAAUUAUAUAUAUCCCCCUCCCCUCCGUGUGUGGCCCUAAUGCAGUAAACUGGUCAGUGAGACGCAUUUGUUUUACCCGGUUGCGCUUCUUACCUCGCACAAACUUAUGUAAAUGAAGCCUCUUAUGAAUGUAGUUAAAUGCACUGAAUGCUGUUCUCCUUAUUUCUUCUCCAUCGAUGAGUCGGUCAUCACAUCGGCACUAUUUCUGUGAAAGUUUGUUUGAUUUCUGCAGUAAAUCGACUUGAUUAUUUAUGCCUGAUAUCAAAGUGACGUGCCUUUCUGACUUGACAUGAGAAGAGUUCAGUUAGCCUGCUUGAGUGCUUGAAAGUGAGGGAAGUGAUCGCUCUGGAUUUGAAAUGCUGUCAUCAUUCACCUUAUUUCAAGCAUGUUUGUUUUUCACUCUCUAGUGGGCUUUGCCCGAUCUCCACAAAUUCUCACAUGAUCCCGAUUGUCCCGCGAUCACGUUGCUGAGCUUCAUUUAUGGCCUGAAGGUGCCCAAAUAAAGUAAAUUGGGGGUUGGGGGCAGCUAAUAGAUGUCACCUUUUUCAUAGGAUAGCAUCGAGUGUUGUCGCAAAAUCUCAUUAAGAUCCACUGUCCCGUCCGUCCCAGUCUUCAGAUUUACCGAUUCACCGAGUGAGGACUGUUUAGCCGUACAAUUUCUCGGCUCUGGUCUUCUCUGUCGGGGGGAGGCUACCGUUGAUACCUCACAAUGUUUUCUCUUUCUACUAACUUAUCGGAGUGGCUGGCAAGAGAGGGAUGCACAGCUGCAUGAACGAAUCUGACAGCCAUUUGUCCAUGUGCGCCAAUACAAGUUAACGAUGAACGACCUUCGUGGCCCCACGACGCUUUGAUAUUCAAUCACUAUGCUUCACUAUCUAACUCCUGUGACCAAAAUCAGAGAGACUAUUAGCUUUGGAAAUAUUUUUCAGCGACGAUAUGUGUAUAUGGAGGAAAAUAAUUUCACUUUUUUCCCGUUGUUGACAAAUGCUAUAUUAGCUUUUUUUUCUGUACAUACUGAGGGCUUUUACAAUUUUUUUUGUCUCUUGUACUAUCUUUCAUCUUUUUUUAGAUACCAUUUUCUAAACCAAUUCUUCACUAUGUAUAUUGUCUAAAUAGUCAAACCAUAGACGACAUCAGGCUUACUUACCUGUAUCACCACUCAUCCAUUGUAAAAGGUAUAUGAUCUGCUCCCUGUACAUUGUAUAUAAUUGUAAAACAAACAAAAAUGCUGAUCCACUUAAUUAAAAACCCACAUGAAGUCUUCAAGGAUUAGCUGGAAGCAUCGAAUUGUAUGCACAUAUGUACAAAAGAUUCUUAAACGGAUGCUUUUGAUGGACUCUGCUUCAUACUUGGCUCACGGGUGUCAUGUUUUUACGAAGAUGGCUGCCGAGGCUUUCGUUGGGGUUUGGUUAUAGUGAGUGAAUGGGGGAACUGUACUACUGAGAAACGGCGAUGCUGCACUAGUAAGCUUCCACAAUGCGUCCCCGUUUUCCUUCGUCUUCACCUUUGUUGGGCCCAUGUGCGCAACUAUUUAAAUGUUGAUUUGCUAUUUGAAUGUGUUGUUUUUAAAAUUGUACUUAACACCUGUACUAUAAAGGUGGCCCCGAAAUCGAUGCCAAGUCAAUAAUUCACGUGCCCCCCCCCCCCUCAAAAAAUUGCAUGUAUCCUAUUUUAUUCCAUUUGAAAGGAAAGCCGUCUUGAGCAUUUCUUCGAUAUCUAGCUUCAAGCUCAGUGUACUAGUUCUCUCUUUGCCCUCACUAAGACGACAAUUCAGCACACCGGCCGAACAAAUGUUUUGUGCUGCACUAGUAACAUUACUAGGCCAGUAGUAGUACUAUUAGCAACCAAUGUCAACUAGGGCACAGUUUUGCCUCACGAGUAACAUGAAGUUGUUGCUUGUAUCCAGAAAUUCCACACAUUUGGGUGCUGAAUAAUAUUUGCUAUGAGCAUCUGAAAAACACUAAUACCAGAUGCAUUUUGGAGUUGGAGUUUUUUUGCGCAGGUGCUAAUUCCCAAUACUAAUCAACAGCACGCUAUGAGAUACAUAGAAGGUAAAAAGGUAGAUAGAAUGCAGACAAGAUAACUAGUCCAUGUUUGAAAUCGGUGUCAGAGCAAUUACUCCUCCCCACCACCAACGCCCUCUAAUUGUUUUAUUUGGAGGCCAAUUUUGUUAGGAUCAGUCUCCAGCCUCAACUCACUAGGAAGUGAAUCCCAAAUUCUGAUUAACAUCGAGUAGUGCUAGGACUACGCAGAAAUCGGCUAGUGCAAUUUUCCCUCACCAGUAACACGAAAUCGUGCUGUGAAGACGGAGCGUACCAGUACAUAAGACGCGUCAGUGCACGAGUAGAAUGACUGUCUUGAGAGUAAUAUUUUUUUUUCCACUACUGUAUGAUGUUUCUGCACACUAGUAGCGCACUUUUGACAUACCAGUUGGGCAAAAACCAUGUUACGAGUAAGGCAAAACUCCACGAUUUGACAACUGUGUACUACUAGGAGUAAUAGUGUCAUUGUAGAAUUUGACUUAACUUCAAAUUGUACUUGAUAACAUCUAGUGCCUCACUAGUCAUACAAGUAGCAUGCAGAUGUCAUUUCAGGCAUAGAUUCCCCUCGCUAGUACUAAUCUGCCAAAGUUGCCUGGGUUAGUGUGUAGUGAUAUCAUUCAGGAGUGGAAAAAAAUACGAGUAAGACGGUUAGUUAUUCUGUCUGUGUGUCCUUGUUCAACUAAUGCGAUGGUUGAGUAACUAGUGAGUAGUAGUACACGGUCAAGCUGGAUAUCAAGGAUAUGGUAUAAACAAUCGAACGGCUUGCAGUCAUCUCGACCGACAACACUGUUAGGCAUGUUUGAGCGCUUUACAUGCCAAUAGCCACAGGGGGCGUUGCACAAAACUAAAAUGAGGGCGGGGAAGGAAAAGCUCAGUCCAGCUUGUUCACAUUAGUUUUGUGUGUUGUCUUGUUUUCACCCCCGAAGCCCAACUUUGUCCAUUUUUUGGGUGUUUUUUUUUCUUUUUCUUUUUCUUUUUCCUUUUUUGUGAUGCUCAUCCAUGCAAGGUCCCGUGUACAAAUAGUGAAAUGAUCCCAACUUAAGUGCAUUGGACAAACUUGAAGGAAGGAAGAAGUAUCGGUGUGUGAUUUGAAGUGUGCGUGCGUGUGUGUGUGAGACUAUUUCCAGGAUUUUAUUUGGCUGCAAAUUUUCAGCUUGUGAGCUGCAUGUUAAUGCCGGUGUAAAUAAUGUUUCUACUCAACCCACUUGAGGGUUUUGUUGAGAGAUGCAAAGAACGUCAUUCAUGAGUCUGUCCUAAUCUGUCACGGGCCACUUGUGCGUACAAAAGGAUUUUGUUCAGGUGAUGGUCACAGCAAGGAUUAAAGAUGGCGAUCAAUGAAGCGUUUCGCCCACACCCAGGCUCGUCCUGUCCGAAUAACAAAAUCUGAUUUGUUGUAGCUAAAAGAAUGUUUCUAUUUUGGUUUUGUUUUGUUUUGUUUUUUGUCCCCCCCAAUCAAGUUUGACACUUUGAACUGAACCCUGUAGUCCGCGGCUAGAAGGUGAGUGUGACUGUCAGACUGAAAGUACGAGAAAUGAUUAAAGACAAGUUGUAAACUAUUAAAUGGGAUAUUUUCAAUUGAUGCUGUGUAUUCUUGUCAUUUGGGUUGCAGAAAACAGGAAUGCAAAUAAAAAGUGCAAAUACUGUA